UUAGAAGGCGCCAGCGGGGCAACCAAGCUGAGAUGUGCUUUUAAAAGAACAUGUGAUACAACUUCUUGGAACCUAAGUAAACAAAAUGAGUGAAAAAGAACAUAUGCCAGAAGCAGCAGAGAAGAAGCAGUUAAAUGAGUUCGUUGCUGAAACUUGUGAACGUCUGUCUUUAAGGACAGCACUACUGGAGCAGAACUUAGCAGUGGCGGGCAAAUGGCCAGACGAUAGCUUUUUCAUGAAAAAAGACUCAACAUUAAAAAAGAAUACUGCUUUUGUUAAAAAAGUUCGAAAUUUCCUUGAUAGCCAGAAAGAUAUACUUCUGUCUGAGUUCGAGUCCUUAAAUCUUUCUAAAUAUGUUGAAGAAGUAGCAACUGCAAUUGUGGAGGCAAAAAUAAAAAUCACUGACAUUCCAUUUAUGCUGAAAUUGUGUUCAGCUAUGUACCAACGCUAUUCAGAUUUCGGUUUAUUAUUUUUCGAUGCAUGGAAGAAAUCAUUUUCUUCUCACAAAGAUUUAAAGAAUGCUAAUCUUUCCAAGCUUCGAGUUGAUUUGGCUUUGUUUGCUGACCUUAAUACAAUUGGAAUAUUUCGGGAGACUGACAGCAUCCGACUGUUAGCUGGACAAUUGACUAUCUUAGCAGCAAAUGAUCACGAAAACUUUUCUAAUAUUGGGAUACUUAGUAGCUUCUGUCGACAUUGCAGUGACGAUUGGAUUGGAGUUAUUCCACGUCGCAUAAGACUAUUAUCUGAGAAGCAUGAAGUACCUAUCCCACGUUCCACCUUCAUGUCAUCUGAGCGUCAAAUGAAGUGUCGUACCCUUUUCAACGACUAUCUGGCAGCUGCUAUGCGUCGUCUGCAGAGUAUGGUGAAAGAAACCCAGCGAAUCAUUUCAGCAAAUCGUGACCAACUAGAAAAUCGUGGAGAAGUGAGUGAAGAACGCCAAGAACGAGCAGAAAAUUUAAUGUCAGCCUGUCGUAAAUUUCAUGAGUCAAUAAGUACCUUGGCUGAUCUUUUGGAUGCAGAUCCACCCUUGGAAUUUUCAUCUUUAAUUAUAGAUGAAUCUACAACAGAUUCGAGUGUAGUUGAUUCAGCUGAAAAGGAUGCAAAAGAGCAGAUUAGUCUUUUUGAAGAUGAGGAUACUCGUUUGUUCUACGAAAGUCUACCAGAUAUUAAGGCGAUGGUACCUGCUAUCCUCUACAAAGACAGUGAACAGGCGAAUAUUGAAUCAAAUCAAACAAAGGAUGAAGAUGUCGAUUCUGUGAACAAUGAAGAUAUCGACAUUGAUACAGUUGAAUCAGAGUUGGCCAAAGAAGAAGCGCUGAUUAAAGUAUCAGAUGGUAGCAAUGAAUCGUUGAAUGGAUCAUCAGCGCCCGAUAAAACUAAACCGUCCAUUUUGAACAUUGAUGAUGUCGGUGAAGAAGAUCCAAAUUCAUCGGGUAGAGUUCUCAUGGAGACAUUUUUGACUCAACUACCAAACUGUAUUAAUCGUGAUCUUAUCGAUAAAGCAGCUAUAGAUUUUUGUUUGAAUUUAAAUAAACGUGCAAAUCGUCGACGCCUCGCAAAGGCUUUAUUCAAUGUUCCAAGAACACGUUAUGAUUUAUUACCAUUCUAUGCACGGUUUGUAGCUGCAUUAGCACCUGUGAUGCCUGACUUAGUACAGGAUAUUAAUUCUAUGCUGACAACAGAAUUCCGUUGGCGUGUUGCCAAGCGUGAUCAGAUAAAUAUUGAAUCCAAGCUGAAAGUGGUUCGAUUUAUCGGUGAACUUGUAAAAUUCAGUGUUUAUCCAGCUCAUCAAGCGUUAACAUGCCUGAAACAGCUAUUACCACAAUUUGUACAUCAUAAUAUUGAUAUGGCAUGCGCCUUAUUAGAUACAUGUGGACGUUUCCUCUAUCGAUUGCCUAUAUCGCAUAAACGUACAAAAGUUUAUUUAGAAGUAAUGCUUAGAAAGAAAAUUGCAUUACACAUGGAUCAACGUUAUUCAAUCAUGAUUGAGAAUACUUAUUAUUAUUGUAAUCCACCGUCAACUGAUCGUCAGAUUGUUGAACCAGUAAAACUGUCACCUCAAAUGGCGUUUAUUCGUCAUACUUUGCUAACAACAUUAGAUCGUACCAGUGUCAAUUCUGUUCUUCGAUUAGUUCGAAAGAUGGAUUGGGAGGAUCAAGAACUUGUUGACUAUGUGUCCAGUCUUUUUACUAGAGCAUGGGAGAUACGUUUUACUAACAUUAAUUGUUUAGCCAGCGUGUUAUCUGGACUAGCUGUCUACCAUCCAGACUUCGCCACAAUUAUUGUAGAUAACGUCAUCGAAGAUAUUCGUAUGGGAAUGGAGCUUAACCUUCCAAAUUUAAAUCAACGUCGAAUUGUCAUGGUUAAAUAUCUUGGUUUGUUGUACAAUUACUGUCUGGUGGAUUCACCCGUCAUCUUUAAAACGCUCUACUCACUUCUCACAUUCGGUGUCAGUUUGGAUCCUGACUAUCCAAGUAUCAUUGAUCCUCCAGAUUCAUUGUUCAGAAUUAUUUUAAUCUGUACACUACUUGAAACAUCUGGGAGUUUCUUUGAUCGUGGGAAAAAGAGACGUAAAUUGAAUAUUUUCCUUAUCUAUUUCCAGCGUUACUAUUGGUUCAAACGUUCCCUUCCCAUAUGGGUGCAGUUGGAUAAUGAUUCCGAAUCUCAGUCUGCCAAAUCCGCACAAAAUGAAUCAACAAAUGAUCGUCAGAAUGGUAAGACAGAUUCAUCUAUUGCAGAACCAGUAUCAAAUCAAAUCGGGGAUUCAUCGGUACCUGCUACCACAGAACAAUCGAGCGACAACCUGCAUAACGCCUCUGCUGAUACUCAAACUCCCUCACCUGCUUUUAUUCCUAUACGUUUUCCUAUUGCAGUAGAACAACAAUAUUUUGAAACUUUGCAAGAAUUACGUGUGAAUAUUGGAAAAGCAAAAAGUUUUGCACAAGCCCAACGUCUUGUUAGUCAUUUAGAGGCUCGUUGUUUACCUCGUCUUGCAACCCUUAAGGCUACAUAUGGGCUGGUGAAUGAAUCAGAAAGUAUGGCGAAUGGUGAUCAAAUGCAGCACUCAGCUGUUGAAAAUAGGUCACUACGAGCUACCGGUCCAGGUCAUAUGGACGCGAUUGCUGAAGAGGCUGAACAAGAAGAUGGUGACAUACAACUAGAUGAAGAUGAGUAUGCAAUGGAUGAUGAUUUUGACGAGGAUGACGAUGAUGAAGCUGACGAAGAAGCUGGGAAUGAAGAAAAUAGUCGAAAUCAACGUCAUCGGCAACCUGCUGCUGAUCUUAUAGACGUAGAUGGUGGUAGUAAUCGUCUUCGUGGUCGUAAUGAUAGUGGACACAGUCAAGGGGAUGACACCGAGCCGAUAUUGAUGAAUGGCAUAGAGAAAACAGAAGAAAAAGAUAUCGAUGAACAGUAUCAAAAUGACACUGUUAAGCCUAAAUAUAUUGAUUGUCCUGAAGAUACUGAAUUCUGUGAAGCUUUAGAUAAACUUAUGGCCGAGGCAUUAUUAUCCUCGUCUACACCUGCAAGUAUUAACACGUCAGCAAAUGUGAAUAGUAGUGUCAAUAUGAAUGCUGACACGAAUACUGGGUCAUCUCGCUCUACAGCUAUGAUGAAUGCUCUGCCUACUCCAGAUGUACUUCAGCUGGCAGCAGCAAAAAGUCGUUUAUCGACUAAUACACAAGGGAAUGUAGCGACACAGAAAUCUGGUCAACAGCUAAGCGUGCAUAACAUCUCUAUUCUUCAAUCUAUGCAGACAAAAUCUAAUGACGGUAAUAUCAAAUCAAGUAAUCCAGUUACAUCCACGGAAGAAAAUUGUGAAGAUGAUCAGAAUAUUGUACCAUUUACACUGAUAUCACGUCGUGGAAAUAAACCUCAUCUAGUACCAUUGGCUGUGCCUGAUUCAGUACAAUUUGCAGCACGUUAUAUACAGACUGCUGCGGCUGAAAGAGAAGAAAAGGCAAGAAUGAAACAACUGGUUCUUGAAAUGCAUGAAGCUCAAAAAGAAGAAGAAAUGGAAUGGGGUCAAUUUGGUGAUCCAGAUGCUGUUUUGGCUCAUCAAUUCCCCAUAAAUGUUAACCGAGACUAUUGGGUGAAGUAUAAUCAUCCAAAAGGUGCACCAGACGCUGACGCAGUUUUUGGAACACCGAGUCAAAAACGAUGUGCCAAUUGAGCAUAUCAUUUCAAACGAUAAGAUUAUUUAUUCAUCAUGACGGAUCUUCUGAUUUCAAAAGUGGGAUAUAACCAACCAACCAACCUUAACAAGCGACAGGCAUAAAUUGUGUUCAAAAGAAAAUCCAACGAAAUUAGUAUUGUGAGUGUGCGUGCAUGUGUGUGUAUGUGUGCUCGUGUAACACAAACACACACGCAUACACACACAUUGUGUGGUGUAGUUGUUCUAUGGGUGUGUUUGCUGGCAAGUGUUCGGGUACAGUUGUUAACUAACGAACAAGUGAACAGAAAACAAGUUUUUGAAAAAAAUUUAAUAAUAAUAAAAAUAAUAGUAACCAAUAUAAGAAAAAUGUAUUUUCCAUCUUCUUUCAUAUCUUCAAUUUAUAUGUAUACAUAUUAAAGAAUAUUAUUGCCUUUCCGUCGUUUCUAUUCAAAAGACGAUUAUUUGAAUGACGCCUUGUUAUCACCGAAUUUCUGAUGGAUAGAUCAAUGAAUGCAUGAAUGAGAGGUGAAGAUUUAGCCGUGUUCACCGUUGUUGUCCUUUUCCUAAUUAAUUUCUGCUUAAUUUUACUGUCCCCCCCACACACACACUACAAAAGAAAUUAUCAUAUUCCUUCAAGAAUCACCCAUAGACAUACUCUUGUUGUGGCCUUCUAUCUCUUUCUCUCUCCCUGUCUCGUCGCAUCUUCUUUCCAAUACUUGUUAAGUACUGGCACCCAGUUAUGUUUCAUAUUUAUAUGUAAAAUUUAUGAUAUUCUAUUUCAGAGAAAACAUUUAUUGAGAUUGUUUAACAAUGUUAUGAAUGUGUGUCUGUAUUUCUCCUCAUGUUUUUGUAAAGAAAUUGAUUUUCUACAAUGUGAUUCGGUCAUUUUAUCUUUUUCGCUUUGAAUUUCUGGUAAGGGAGUGGAGAAGGGUUGCUG